CAGGGGCGGACUGACCAUUUGGAAACUUGGGCACUGCCCAAGGGCCCAGGGUCAGUAGGGGGCCCCAUGAGAUGCCCCUGGUACCUUUUUCAUAGGCUUUUUUGAGUUUGGGCAAGGACACAGGGGCCCCAUGAUCCACUAUUGCCCGGGGGCCCCAUGAGUUGUCAGUCCGCCCCUUGCCACCCACCUGUGCCCACCAGUGCCACCCACCUGUGCCCACCAGUGCCCCCCAUCAGUGCCCAUCAGUUCCAACUAUCAGUGCCC